CUAAAGGAAGUGGCUUAUGCAGUGCAAGUUUUUUACCGGAAACCCACAACUUAUGUCGCAAGUUCACAUAUGAGCUAGUUCACUAAAACAGACUUGACAGUUAACAACAUUAUGCCUCAAUCUCAGCAGUGUUUCUCCAACAAUUUCAGUUUAACAUGUACCCCCGAGUUAUUUUGAAAGGAAUCUUAUAUAAAAAAUCUCAGCAAAAACGAAGAACGUCCCCUUGCAAUUAUAAGGAAAGAUAUUUUGUGUUAAACACAGAGGAUCUGACCUACUCUGAGCGUCGCCCAGGGAAAAAGCCAAUUCAGAAGGGCUGCAUUGAACUUCCCCGGAUUAAGUGUGUAGAGAUUGUACGCAGUGACCUUCCCAUUCCCUGUGAAUACAAAUAUCCUUUCCAGGUUGUCUAUGAUAACUACCACCUUUAUGUGUUUGCGCCAGACAAUGACUGCAGGUUAAAGUGGGUCAGAGCUCUUAAAGAGGAGACAAGAGGCAACAACCUUGCUUUGAACUAUCAUCCUGAUUUCUGGGUUGAGGGAAGAUGGAGGUGUUGUAACAGGACAGAUAAGUCGGCACCUGGGUGCAGUGACUAUUAUCCAAGUGGAAGUGCAUCCAAAAAGCCCUUGCCUCCAACACCAGAUCCAGAGCGGCGGUUCUCUAGCCCAGAACCACGGAUUGUUGUGGCUCUGAAGAACUUUAUCCCUCAAGAAAACACAGACAUUCCACUGCACAAAGAUGAGGAGUACACUGUAAUAGAUUGUUCUGAAACCAACUGGUGGACCGUCAAAGAUAAAAAUGGAAAUGUUGGAACUGUGCCUUGCAUUUAUAUCAAAGAGAAACCUUCAAACAACAUUGAGCACUUUAAAUGGUACAACAAAGAUAUAACCCGGACAGAAGCUGAAGAAUUGUUAAUUGCAGUGGAUAAGGAGGGUGCAUUCAUGGUGCGUGACUCCCGGCAUGCAGGAGUUUACACAGUGUCUGUAUUUACUAAAGCCCCUGGGUCAAAUGGGGAAAAGUAUCCAAGGGUCAAGCAUUAUAAGAUCAGAGAGACCGAAGAUGAAGAGCCCAAGUAUUACUUGGCGGAAAAAUAUUUAUUCAGCACCAUCCCAGAGCUCAUUCAUUAUCACCAACACAAUGCUGCAGGCUUAAUAACACGACUGAGGCACUGUGUCUCCCGAAGCCAAGACAAUUUUCCCAGGAUUGAGGAGCUUGCAUCAGAGAAAUGGGAGUUGGACAUGGAAGACUUGACUCUCGGGGCUGAGCUAGGCAGUGGUCAGUUUGGUCUGGUGUUGGAGGGUUUGUGGCGUGGUGAGAAAGUAGCUGUAAAGACAAUUCGUGAAGAGGCCAUGUCUGAAGAGGAGUUUAAAGAGGAGGCAAAGGUUAUGAUGAAAGUGUCCCACCCGAAGCUGGUGAAGCUGUACGGUGUGUGCACCCAUCAGAAACCCAUGUACCUGGUGUUUGAGUUUCUGGAGAAUGGCUGCCUCACAGAAUUCCUGCGCUCCAGAAAAGGUUGUGUUUCACAGGAAACUUUGCUGAGCAUGUGUAUAGAUGUGAGCGAAGCAAUGGCUUACCUGGAGAGCUCGAAUUUCAUUCACAGAGACCUGGCUGCAAGAAACUGUCUGGUUUCAGGAGACCUUGUGGUGAAAGUCUCCGAUUUUGGAAUGACCAGGUUCGUUCUGGAUGACCAGUACACCAGCUACACCAGCAAAUUCCCUGUAAAAUGGUCAUCUCCAGAAGUGAUCAGAUAUAACAAGUUCAGCAGCAAAUCAGAUGUGUGGUCAUUUGGUGUGUUAAUGUGGGAGGUGUACAGCGAAGGCCGACUGCCCUACGAGUGCCGAAGUAAUGCAGAAGUUGUGGAAUCCUUAAACGCAGGACUAAGGUUAUUAAAACCCAAACUCUGUCCAGAACCUAUUUACCAGCUAAUGCAGUGGUGCUGGAAGGAGAAACCUGAAGACCGGCCCUCCUUUGUCCUGCUCCUUCAUGAGCUGGCUUCUCCUGCUGACUUCUGAUUUAUGGCUAUCAGUGCUUCUUAUGAAAAUAUAAUGUACAGUCCAGAAGAUUUUAUUUAUUUAUGUAUAUAUUUAUAUAAAUAUUUGCAAUUAAUAUCUAUGAUUUUUUUGUACAGCCUAUGUGAACGAAUAACCUGAGAUUACUUCAUGUUUUUUUUGUACAAUCAUAUGUCCUGUACUCAGUUUCUCCUUUAGGGGGAACAAUUAGUAAGCAUCUAUUUCCGGUGUGUGAGCCACUGGUGCACAAAUAUACUCAUUAACUGCA